GCGGCGCGCAGGGCCAUGUCGGCGCCGUGCCUGCGCCUGCCCGCCGCCGGGUCAGCACCGGCGGAGGCGGACAGCGCCGGCGGCAUGGAGCCGCCCGGCGGCACGGAGCCGCCCGCCGCCGGGGCCGCCGCCCUGGAACUGGCCCUGGAGGAGGAGCUGGCGCUGCUGGCCGCCGCCGGGGAGCCGCCGGAGCCGCCACCCGCCGCCGCCGCCCGCGACCCCGAGCUGCUGUCGCUGAUCCGGCAGAAGGAGAAGGACCUGGUGCUGGCGGCGCGGCUGGGCAAGGCGCUGCUGGAGCGCAACCAGGACAUGAGCCGCCAGUACGAGAGGAUGCACAAGGAGCUCACCGACAAGCUGGAGCACUUAGAACAAGAGAAACAUGAACUGAGGAGGCGAUUUGAGAACAAAGAAGGAGAAUGGGAAGGAAGGGUGUCUGAACUGGAAAGUGAUGUGAAGCAGCUGCAGGACGAGCUGGAGAGGCAGCAGGUUCAUCUGCGUGAAGCCGACCGUGAGAAGACACGGGCUGUCCAGGAACUAUCCGAACAGAACCAAAGACUCCUGGACCAGCUCAGCAGGGCGUCGGAGGUGGAGCGACAGCUCUCCCUGCAGGUCCACACCCUCCGGGAGGACUUUCGGGAGAAGAACUCCUCCAGCAGCCAACACAUCGUGCGGCUCGAGAGCCUCCAGGCUGAGCAAGUCCUUGAAAUCAAAAUGCUGACAGACAGAAAGCGGGAGCUGGAGCAUCGCCUCAGCGCCAUGAUGGAGGAGAACGACCUGCUCCAGGGCACCGUGGAGGAGCUGCAGGACCGAGUCCUCAUCCUGGAGAGACAAAGCCAUGACAAGGACCUACAGCUGCACCAAAGCCAACUGGAGCUCCAGGAGGUGAGGCUGUCCUACCGGCAGCUACAGGGGAAGGUAGAAGAGCUCAGUGAGGAGAGGAGUCUCCAAAAUGUCAACACAACCAGCACAUCCCUGCUAUCUGAGAUAGAGCAGAGCAUGGAGGCAGAAGAGCUGGAACAAGAACGAGAACAGCUGAGGCUGCAGCUCUGGGAAGCAUAUUGCCAAGUGAGGUAUCUCUGCUCCCACCUCAGAGGAAACGACAGUGCAGACUCAGCGGUCUCUACAGACUCCUCCAUGGAUGAGUCUUCAGAAACCUCAUCAGCCAAAGAUGUCCCAGCUGGCAGCCUACGGGCAGCUCUCAGUGAGCUGAAAAGACUGAUACAAAAUGUGCUGGAUGGGGCAGACUCCACGAGCUCUCGACGAAGCGACGACGACACCUUGGAGGAACAGAUCAGGAGAACAAGCGAGGACUCACGGGCCCUGAGGGAAUUAAUGGAGGGAGAACGGGGGAAACUGAGGCAGAGUUUGGAGGAGCUGCAGCGACUGCACAGCCAGGUCACGCUGCUGAGCGUGGAGAUGACGACGCUGAAGGAGGAGCGGGACCGGCUGCGAGGUGCUGCUGAAGACAAGGAGACGAGUGAACAGCUCCUGCAAGCCAUCAGGGACAGAGAUGAGGCCAUUGCCAAGAAGAAUGCAGUGGAGGUGGAGCUGGCCAAGUGCAAGAUCGACAUGAUGUCCCUCAACAGCCAGCUGCUGGAUGCCAUCCAGCAGAAGGUGAACCUCUCACAGCAGCUGGAGGCCUGGCAGGAUGACAUGCACAGGGUCAUUGACCAGCAGCUGAUGGACAAACACCCGAAGGAAUGGAGCCAGCUUGCUUAUUCCUUCUCCAGUGGCUACGGCGCAAAGCGGAGCGCCAGACCCUCCCCCGUGAUCAGGCCAGAGCAGCAGGGGGACGAGCCCGUUGGGGCAGAAGGGAACCGUCUCUUUUCCUUUUUCAAGAAAAAUUGAUUUGAAAAAGAGAAACCUC